UAAACAAUGGAAAAGGAAACUAAAAGCAAUGGUCGAAGUAAGCUAACCUUCUCUAAUCAUCUCUUACAUGCAAGACCACACUAGUCGAUUAACUUAUUCAUUACCAGCUUAAUAUGGCUCUAAAUAAAGAUUACAUUCAUGCAAAAAAGGAGAUCCAUGCAUUGAGACAUGAAAAAAAUACUUUGCUAGACAAUAUUGACCGUUUAGAAAGUGUCGACAGACUUACAGAUGAUAGCAGUGAUAGUGAUAACUUGGUCGAUAGUGAUUUAUCAGACUCAAGUGAAGAGGAUUAUGAUUUGAAAACCAUACUGGAAAACAAGGCAAAACAGAAAACAGCAUCCCCUACUUUCCCUCCGCCACGCACAGUUCAUAAGAGCAAUUACACCUCUAUAUCCACGCCUACUAUUAUUAAUAAGCUUAAUACUACUCAUACUACGUCUAAAACUACGACUAAUGAUGAAUCCCCAUCCUCCUUAAGGCUAAUUACAACUAUACCAUCCGCUCCACCCAAACGAUCCAAAAUAAAUACAUUAAAAAUCCAGAAAGUACGACGAGUACAGCCUAUUGAAAGAGAUGAACAUGGAAAGCCUAAGCUACCCCAAGAGAUAGGCGUACUUACCGUUCAUAGUUUAGGAAAAAUUAUCAAUGAUCGACCGGCGUAUCAUAACGAGAGAUACAUCUUCCCUGUCGGCUACACUGUAAGCAGAACUUAUCCCAGUAUGAUUGAUCCUGAUAAAAACACAAUUGUUACUUCGACUAUUUUGGAUGGCGGGGACGCACCUCGUUUUCAUGUCGUGGCUGCUGAUUUACCUAACGAACCUAUCAUUGCCAAUUCAGCUACGGGCGCUUGGACCGUCAUUGUCCGUCGCGCUAACGACAUCCGUCACCGCGACCACUCUAAUUCUGCCAGCGGACCAGAUUAUUACGGUUUUAAGCAUCCCACUAUUGCGAACUUAAUACAAGAACUACCGGGUGCAAAAGAGUUGCCGAGUUACAUUUGGCAAGAGUUUGAAGAGAUGGAGCCAAGAGCAGCGAAAGGUGUAAUGGCAGCAGCUGAAAAGAAGAGAGGUAAUUUAGAGCAGAUGGGCAAUGCUAAUCGAAAAAUACCCAAGACGACGACCUCUUCCGCCGCCAAAGAAGAGGCCGAUCCAGCAAUAACUCAAAAACAGCAAGAAGAUAACAGUACAAAUCCCUCAGUAUUUGCUAAUGAACCCGUAGACCAAGGUGGAAUGAAUGAUGAUGCUGAGGCAGAGAUAUAUGAACUCAUAGCUACUGACGAUGAACAAUAAUAACAAAGCAACAUCAAAAAUUGACAGUACAGGGAGAUCAUAACAUUUACAAUAAAGCAUAGCUUGGGUUUGUUAUUUCAUACAGGGACCGGUGAUUUUACUUGUAUAAAUAUUUAUACAUCAAAUGCAACCUCUAUAUCUGCAUUACUUGUUUGAGCAGUGAGGUCGC